AUGAGAGUCAGUAUUUUAAAAUAUGUUUUUUUUUCAAUUAUUAUUUGUUUUUUUGAAUAUGACAAAAAUGAAUUAUGCCUUGAAAGGAGUAUAAUAAAUUUUAGAAACAAUAGGGUAUUAGCAUAUGCAGACAAUCAAUUCGAUUUAAAUGAUUUUUAUCAAUCAACUUUGAGUCUUGCAAAUCAAUUUAAUGAAUAUAAUGACUAUGACUAUAACGAUGACAAAGAAAUAUCAUUUCUUCGAAAUACUAUAAAUUCACAUAUAAAGAAGCAUAAAGAAAAUAAUGCAUUACCCGAUUUAAAUAAUGUAGAUAAGAGAACUAGAAAGUUAAUUAAUGAACUUCGAGCAGAAUUAGAAGAAGUAAAAAAAGAGCUUGAUAAUAAAAGGAAUAAUGAAAUAGUAAUACGACAAAAAAAAAAAAAAAUAACAAAAAAAGAUAAAAAGAAUUAUGCAUCAGAGGAUGAAAACUCUGAAGAAUCUGAAAAUGAAGAAAAUUCACUGGAGACAAAAAAUGAUCAAGAUAAAAAAACAACCAGAAAAAUAUUGAAGAGGGGAAUGCUGUUGAUUGGAAUUUCUAUUAUGGCUUUAAUGUCAGGGACGUUAUUAAUACCAUUUAUAGUUUUAAUUACACUAAUUUCAGCUGACUCAGCUAUUAAAAUUAAGAAACUCACUAAAUUUAAAUUGUCCAAAUUAUUUAAAUAA